CACAUCAGAUUCACAUUCGCAUUCUCACGCCCAAAACUGAAAGCAAAAUAGCAACCAGAAAACCAAACCCAACAACAGCACCACGGCAACAACAACCGUGGAGAGAGAAGAAAAACAAAGGGAGAGCGAAAACGACGUCAUAUCGGACCCUUUUCUCUAUUCUUCAAGCAAGCUGCUACGAUCUCUCUCUCUCUCUUUAAUCUCCAUCGUUUCCGAAUCUCCUAAUUGGCUUAUUGUUAAAAUUAAACUUUUGUUCGAGGGGUUGUAUUUAUGAGCAUGUCUUAGCCCAACACCACUCAAUUCGACGCAUUGUUUAUCUCUUUCUUCGUCGGGAGGAGGUUGUUUUUGAUCCAAAAAUAGAAAUGGUGGUUUCUGGGCCAAUUACACCUGGACAGGUGUCUUUUCUCUUAGGAGUUAUCCCGGUUUUCAUUGCAUGGAUAUAUUCAGAGUUCCUAGAAUGCAGGAAAUCUGCAUCUCAUUCUAAAGUUCAUUCAGACAAUAAUCUGGUUGAAUUAGGAGAGGAGACAAUUAAAGAAGAUGACCGGGCUGUUUUGCUGGAAGGAGGUCUCACAAGAUCAGCAUCUGCUAAAUUCCAUAGUUCAUCCAUCAAAACAAACUUGAUUAGGUUUUUGACUAUGGAAGACUCUUUCCUGGUGGAAAAUCGGGCAACUUUGAGAGCAAUGGCUGAGUUUGCGGCUAUUCUGGUGUACUUCUAUAUAUGUGACCGCACAAAUUUCCUAGGAGAAUCUACGAAGAAAUACAACCGUGACCUUUUCCUCUUCCUCUACGCUCUUCUCAUCAUAGUUUCAGCAAUGACUUCUUUGAAGAAACAUAGUGACAAAUCAGCGUUCUCUGGAAAAACCAUGCAAUACCUCAGUAGGCAUCAAACUGAAGAAUGGAAAGGAUGGAUGCAGGUCCUAUUUCUAAUGUACCAUUACUUUGCUGCAACGGAGUUAUAUAAUGCAAUACGUGUCUUCAUUGCUGCAUAUGUUUGGAUGACUGGAUUUGGCAACUUCUCAUAUUAUUAUAUUAGAAAGGACUUUAGCCUAGCACGCUUCACCCAGAUGAUGUGGCGACUAAACUUCUUCGUGGCAUUUUGCUGUAUUGUUCUCAACAAUGACUAUAUGCUUUACUACAUCUGCCCGAUGCACACGCUAUUCACCCUAAUGGUGUAUGGAGCUCUUGGGAUUUUCAGCAAGCAUAAUGAGAUACCAUCAGUGAUGGCUGUGAAAAUUCUUGCAUGCUUUCUGGUAGUUAUCUUGAUUUGGGAAAUUCCUGGAGUUUUUGAAAUAUUCUGGAGUCCAUUAUCUUUCCUAUUAGGGUACACUGAUCCUGCAAAACCGGAUCUCACUCGACUGCAUGAGUGGCAUUUUAGAUCUGGUCUUGAUCGCUAUAUAUGGAUCAUUGGAAUGAUAUAUGCCUAUUAUCAUCCCAAUGUUGAGAAAUGGUUGGAAAAAUUGGAGGAAUGUGAAACCAAGAGAAAAUUCUCAAUUAAAGCAAGCAUUAUUGCAGUUUCCUUAUUUGUUGGCUAUAUGUGGUAUGAAUGUAUUUACAAGCUGGACAAGGUUUCUUACAACAAAUAUCAUCCCUACACUUCUUGGAUCCCGAUAACUGUCUACAUUUGCUUGCGGAAUUGUACUCAGCAGCUUCGGAAUUUCUCUUUGACUCUCUUUGCGUGGCUUGGCAAGAUAACUCUGGAGACUUACAUUUCUCAAUUUCAUAUCUGGUUGAGAUCAGACAUGCCUAACGGACAACCCAAGUGGCUUCUUUCUCUUGUCCCAGAAUAUCCGCUGCUCAACUUCAUGCUCACAACUGCUAUUUAUAUCUUGAUAUCUCAUCGCCUGUUUGAAUUAACAAAUACGCUUAAAUCAGUUUUCAUACCCACGAAAGAAAACCGACGGCUGCUAUACAAUUUUGUGGCUGGAAUAGCCAUUUCACUGAUUGUGUACUGCACCUCACUCAUUCUUCUUCAGAUUCCUUGCUCACGAGCCUGAGAAAGCAAGACUCAGAGGGUUAGACAGAGCUUUUACAUUGGACACACGAAAAAGAAUAUAUAGUUGGAGCAGAAUAAGAACAAUUCGUAAGAUGUCUGCAGAUGUAACUUUCGGAUCAAGUGUUUCCAACAAUUUUGAGUAAAAAUGCCCUCUAUUUUUGUCCUUGAGCUGAAACUUCAACAUCCUGGCUUUGCCUUGGGAGUUGGGAGUAUGAUGGGGGGGCAGGCAACCGGCAGGAAGGAAAUCUUUUUUUUUUUUUUUUUUUGCUUUUACAUUUUGUUGUAAUAUUGGAAACUGCAGUAUAUAAUUUCCUUUUGUCAUUUUUUGGUCAUUCACUGAAGGAAAAUGUAGAUUCCUGUGACAUAGAUGUGUUUUCCGCCAUCAAACAAAUUCGAGAUCCAAUACUAAUGCAAUUCCUCUUA